UUGGGCUAGGCUGGCACUUCCGCCCACAUGCCCGCUCAGCAAUCCUCAUUCCUCGACGCCGCCUCUGCCAUUGAGCACCUUCAGUCCUACUCUCGUUCAGAUGGCCUCUCCGUGACGGACCUUAUGGACUCUCAGGUCCAUGGAGGUCUCACCUACAAUGAUUUCCUUCUUCUCCCAGGAAAAAUCGACUUUCCUGCAUCUGCCGUUUUUGCUGAGAGCCGCGUCACUCGUAAUGUCACCCUCAAGACUCCGUUCAUCAGUAGCCCUAUGGACACGGUCACCGAGGGAGAGAUGGCUAUCUCCAUGGCGCUCCUAGGCGGUAUUGGUGUCAUUCAUCACAACCAGUCGCCACAGUCCCAGGCGUCGAUGGUUCGCGCCGUGAAACGACACGAGAACGGAUUCAUCACUGAACCUGUCGUGCUGUCUCCAUCCAACCUUGUCGAGGAUGUCCUAGAUAUCAAAGCCAGACUCGGAUUCUGCGGUAUCCCUAUUACCGACUCCGGUGCGCUCGGUGGCAAGUUAGUGGGCAUAGUCACCUCUCGUGAUGUCCAAUUUCGCGAUACCUCCACACCUCUCUCCGAUGUCAUGACCACGGACCUUGUCACCGCUGCCCAAGGCAUCACUCUCAUGGAAGCCAACGACAUUUUACGUGACUCAAAAAAGGGAAAGCUACCCAUCGUCGAUUCGCAGGGCCGUCUAGUCUCACUCCUAGCACGUUCGGAUCUCUUGAAGAAUCAGUCCUAUCCCCUCGCCUCCAAAGACCCCGUGACGAAGCAGUUAUACGCCGCCGCCGCCGUAGGCACGCGUCCGUCAGAUCGGGAGCGUCUUGCUCUCCUGGUCGAAGCAGGUCUGGAUAUCGUCGUCCUUGAUUCCUCUCAGGGCAACUCUGUGUUCCAAAUUGACAUGAUCAAGUGGAUUAAAUCCACGUACCCCAAGCUCGAAGUCAUCGCAGGCAAUGUCGUCACCCGUGAACAAGCCGCAUCCUUAAUUGCUGCAGGAGCCGAUGCGCUCCGUGUCGGCAUGGGUUCAGGGUCCAUUUGUAUCACGCAGGAGGUCAUGGCCGUAGGGAGACCUCAGGCAACCGCGGUAUAUGCCGUAGCCGAAUUUGCGAACAAAUUUGGCGUGCCGGUCAUUGCUGACGGUGGGGUCGGGAACGUCGGUCAUAUAGUCAAAGCUCUGGCAUUGGGCGCUGGAGCUGUGAUGAUGGGCGGCCUCCUGGCUGGGACAGAGGAGGCUCCGGGAGAGUAUUUCUACCAUGAGGGGAAGCGAGUCAAAGCAUACAGAGGCAUGGGUAGCUUGGAGGCUAUGGAACAGGGCAAGCCAAGCGCGGGACAGAUAAAAGUUAACGGUGCACCAUCUACCGGUGGUUCGAACAAAUAUCCGUCUCCGAAGAAAUCGACGACCCUUGAGAAUGCCGCCACUUCGCGGUAUUUCUCCGAGAGCAGCGCCGUAAAGGUCGCGCAGGGCGUCAGUGGAGAUGUCCAGGACAAGGGAAGCAUCAAAGCGUUCCUGCCGUAUCUGUACAUCGGCGUGCAGCAUUCGUUCCAGGACAUUGGUGUCCGGAACGUUCAGGAGCUGAGGAGCGCCGUCAAGGAGGGCAAGGUACGAUUCGAGCUGAGAACCGCCAGCGCGCAGGUUGAGGGCGGAGUACAUGGACUAAAUUCCUACACGAAAAGGCUUUUCGCCUAGAUCAUGACUCAUGUAGCAUAGCUGUACGUUACCUUAGAAUAUCGAUAUAUACACCUAAACCGAUGGAACGAGACUGAGCAUAUAUGACAAACUACUUUUGAAAUUGAAGUUUGACUGUUGGCACGCUGCACGACGCUGUUUACAUGUGU